AUGUUACAGGAGAGCUCAGUGAUUUCAUCAUUGGAGUUAAAAGAGACAGAGACUACGCCUAUUGAAGCCCCCACGACUGAACCAGUGACUCCUGAUGCCGUGGAGGAAAUCAGAGAGUGCUCCGCAGUGACGUUACCAUUAUGCUCACAUCUGCCAUACAACAGCACAUCAUACCCUAACCUGGUGGGGCACAUGUCAAAAGACGCACUGAUGCGAGACCUCGUGGCGUUCAGGGAACUUCUUGAUGCUGAAUGUUCACAUCUUGCACAGGACUUUGUAUGUCAAAUGCUCCAACCUCGGUGUUCGGAGGACCGCCUAGUCCGGCCGUGUCGAGCUUACUGUCGUGCCUUCCACGCUGGCUGUGGUGCACGUCUACCGGACCGACUAAGACCGCAUUUCGACUGCGCACGAUUCCCCGACUACUUCGGCAAAGGAUCCUGCUCCCCUGAACCUGAAUGUUCUAGGGGUUUGCAAAGACUAGCGCUGUCUCGCAGAGAGUGCGACGGAAUUCCUGAUUGUGCGGGUGCAGAAGACGAGCGCAGUUGUGCUCAUUGCUCUGGAGCAGGCGAGGGAGGCCUGCGCUGCGCCCUGCACACUCGCUGCCUGCCCGCGCACCUGCGAUGUGAUGGUACUCCGGACUGCCCUGACGGAAGUGAUGAAGCUGGAUGCUUGUGGAUUGCUCGCUCCCUGUCAUCUUGGCGACGUGAGAACAGUGAAACUACCAUGGGUGCCGUACGCAGCCGUAGCGGCUACGCGGUGUGGGCGGAAGGCGGUCGCGAUGGCAAGAUCUGCGCGGCGCCCUACGAGCACGACAAGCGCGCGCUCACCAGUGUCGCUGCUUCUCUUUGUAAAGCGCUUACUUUCAAGGCUGCAUUUAGCGCAGAAGUAGUGCCAGACGCUGAAGAGGUGGACCAGGAUGGACCAGAUCCAAAGAAAGAACAGCCCCAGUAUGUUGAAAUAGUAGACCCAUUCGCUCCAGAAAUAUCGUUCCUGAAAAGCGAUUGUCCGGAAAGAAAAGUUAUAAAGAUCAUUUGUGACCAUUUGGAAUGCGGUGUAACAUCGGCUCGGGGUGCUGCGUCUGCGGGUGUGGAAGGACUCCCGCGCUCCGCUCGGCCCGGCGACUGGCCGUGGCACGCUGCGUUACUGCGGACACACGUGCACGCCUGUGACGCUGCACUUAUACACCCUUCCUGGCUCAUCACUACAGCUUCAUGCUUCCAAGGACAACCGAAAGCUGAAUGGACUGCCAGGUUUGGUACUGUGCGUAUACAAAGCACGACACCCUGGCAACAGGAGCGACGGAUAGUUGGCAUGGUCCGAUCUCCUGUAGAGGGCAGCAUGUUGGCACUGGUACGACUGGAGGAACCAGUGGAAAUGACUGACUUCGUGAGACCUAUAUGUUUACCUGAGACCGGUGUAGAAACCGCGUCACCUAAUGUUUGCAACACGCUUGGAUGGUCCAGAAAUAAAGAUCAACUGCAGAGAGUUCAUGUGGUGGCUAGUCCCAUGAACUCGUGCGAAAAUAUGAGCAUUGCGACUGCAAAUGGAAUAUGCGCUGAACCAUUAUACGAUCAAGACGAUUGUGACGAGGAGGAAUACGCAGGAAGUUCAAUGAUGUGUUAUAACGAUAAAACAAAACAAUGGUCCUUGAACGGUGUCAGUGGAUGGCGCAUUGCCUGCUCGAAAAUAGGGCUGGGCAGGCCUCGGAUAUACGACUCCAUAGUUUCUCACGUCGACUGGAUUCGACGAACUAUCUCGAAUUCAGCAAGAUGACCUAAUUUAUAAUCUCAUACAUUUGUAAAGACUGCAUUUCAUGCUUUGGCUGUAUAAUUGCUAUACACCUAACAAAAAUUCUUGUGGAAAAGAUACUAUCAGAAAUGUAUUUAUUAGCUAGUAUUAAGAUUAGAACUUGAAAUGUGAAGCAUUCUGUAACACUACAACUAUAAGUUCAGUAAAUGAAUAAUUAAUGUGAUAAAAUUGCACAUCAUAACUUUAUAUAAAAUGCCCACAAUACUCAAAACCUGAGACCAAUAUCAUUUCUAGGUGUAAUGUUAUUUGUAUUAGUUUAAGUUGUUAAUAACUAUGUAUAUUUUUAUAGUAAGAAAACUGUUUUAUUCUUAUAUUUAAAAGAUGACUUAAUAAGUGCCUAUUGUGUAGUUAUUAAAAUUAAGAUAACUUAUUGAAUUAAAGUUUAUUGCUAGAUAAAAGUACCUAUUGUAAAUAUUAUUAUAAGAGUGGAACCAAAAUUUAUAGCUAAGCUGUAUUUCACAAAAAAAUAUGAUUGUUUUAUUUAUUUUGGUUAUUUUCUUUAGCAUCCUUUCACCACUAAAAGUACCGGUAUAGUAAUGCAUAGGCAGUGUAGUAAUAAAUAAUAUUCAAAAUUUUGAAUUUAAACAUCAGCU